UAUUGUUCUGCUGUGCAAUGACGUAGUCAGGAACUGCUCCCGGGCCAAACAGCAGAGUUGUGUUGUGUUGCGAUUGUUUUAGUUACUAAUUUAAUUUAACGUUCACAUAACUAUUCUGGUCAGGCAUCGUUUGACCUUUCGGAGAGCCUGUCUUUAAACUUUUCAUCAUUCGGGUUGACUGAUGUAGAGGUCCUCAUCAGGGCCCAAAACACGGUCUGCGUGUGUCUGUUGCUGUGGUCCAGUGUUAAAAUGGUUCCUGCUCAUGCUGCCUGUGCCUUGUUGAGCUUCGUACCCCUGUUGGUGCUUGGUGUUCCUCCCAUUUGGACCCAGCCAGAGCAGGUGCACCUCUCUUAUCCGGGAGUGCCUGGUUCUAUGGCAGUGACCUGGACCACCUUCAACAAGACAGACAGCAAGGUGGAGUAUGGCCUUCUGGGAGGUCGACUAUUUGAGAUGAGUGCCAAAGGUGGCACCACUCUGUUUGUGGACUCAGGAGAGGAGAAGAGGGAGCUGUACAUCCACAGGGUCACUCUCACAGGCCUCAAACCCGCUGCUACUUAUGUCUACCACUGUGGGAGUGAUGAGGGCUGGAGCGAUGUGUUCCUCUUCACUGCGCUGAAUGACAGCACUAGUUUCAGUCCCAGGUUUGCUCUGUACGGUGACCUGGGCAAUGAGAACCCUCAGUCUCUGGCUCGACUGCAAAAGGAGACACAGCUUGGCAUGUACGAUGUCAUCCUGCACAUAGGGGACUUUGCCUACGAUAUGGAUGAGGACAAUGCCAGGAUUGGAGAUGAGUUCAUGAGGCAGAUCCAGUCUAUUGCAGCCUACGUGCCCUACAUGACCUGUCCAGGCAACCACGAAGCCACAUAUAACUUCUCCAACUACAGGAACCGCUUCAGCAUGCCGGGCCAGACUGAGAGCCUGUGGUACAGCUGGAACCUGGGGUCAGCACACAUCAUCUCCAUCUCCACUGAGGUUUAUUUCUAUCUCGAAUUCGGCCUGGAGCUCCUCUUCAAGCAGUACGAGUGGCUGACAAAAGACCUUGAGGAGGCCAAUAAGCCAGAGAACCGAGCAGUGCGUCCAUGGAUCAUCACCAUGGGACACAGACCCAUGUAUUGCUCUGAUGACGACCAAGAUGACUGCACCAAGUUUGACUCCUAUGUCCGACUGGGACGGAAUGACACCAAACCGCCAGCUCCUGGUCUAGAGGAUCUAUUUUACCGCUACGGAGUGGAUCUGGAGUUGUGGGCACAUGAGCACACAUAUGAGAGGCUUUGGCCAGUCUACGGUGACAAGGUGUACAAUGGGAGCAAAGACCAGCCUUACGUGAACCCAAAAGCUCCAGUGCACAUUAUCACAGGCUCUGCUGGCUGCAGAGAGAGGACUGACAGGUUCAAUCCAAACCCCAAGGACUGGAGCGCUUUCCGCAGCACAGACUACGGCUACACCCGCAUGCAACUGGUCAACGCCACCCACCUUUACUUGGAGCAGGUCUCUGAUGACCAGUACGGCAAGGUGAUUGACAGCAUAUGGGUGGUGAAGGAUAAGCAUGGCUUCUCUGCCUGGUUCUGAAGACUGCCAUCCUUAAAAAAACUACCUGCUUAGGAAAUGCACUUUGAAUUCAAAACAAGCACAAUAUUUGCUGUGUCACACCAAUAAUGCACUUAUGAUGAAAAGUACAAAUGUUUUUAUUUCUGACCAUUUCUUCAGCUUUUAAUUUUCCUUCUUUUUUAUUCAAUAAGAACACUCAUUAUCACUAUGGUGACCAGUUACUUUAAAUGUAUAUAAUGUAACUGUAAUUUUCUGUGAGGUGCUCUGACAAUGUUUUGUAAACAGGGCAUCAAAAAUUGUUUUGCUUUUGAAUAAAUUCAGCUUUUUUUAUGGA